UUUGAUUUGCGGGCUCGGACUUGAUCCCUACUUCAUCAAACCUUCGACCUACAGUUAUUCAGCCCGUUCUUUCCAUCAUAACAUGUAGCCGCUAUGUUUUCGAUGCUAUCGUCUAUCGAGGAGUAAGGAUAGCUAGCCUACUAGCAUUUGAAAUAACUGAUGUUUCUUUCCGGCGAAGCGUCUAAGUAUUCGGAAUUAUCAGGUAACGAUAAUAUGCGGUCGUACGAUUAUCUAAGGUUUCAUCGCAUCCACGGCUUUAGAUGAUAGGCCAGAACGCCGUCACACCUGCCUCAUAUCUAGUAUUACAUCUAACCAACACCGAUAAUCUAUAUGGAGAUCCUAUCUUAAUCUACGACCUGCUUACAGGCGCUUUGAGUCAUAGUAGUUAUCAUUGCCUAUCGGAUUUAGGUGAUGGGCGACCUGUAUUUCCGCGAUUGAGGAGGGCUUAAUACGUAAAGGGUUACACCCGGGAAAUCGAUCGAUUUUCAAUUUGAAUUUAACUUCGCCACUUCAACUCUUUUGGAAAUCAACACCUACACCUGCCACGUUCGCAUUCGAAAAUGUCUUCCCCAGUGUGGCUAAUCACAGGCGCCUCCAAUGGCCUAGGCCUCUCGUUCUGCCUCCGCGCCCUGAAAGCCGGACACAAAGUCAUCGGCGCCAUGCGCAACCUGACGCGAGCUGCCGAAGCCGUCAAGGCCAUCGAGAGCCAAGGGGGACAGGUGAUGCAGCUGGAUAUGACGGAGUCCCAAAGCAGCAUAAAAGAGAAGGUCCAGGCAGCGGAGAAGAUCUAUGGGAAAAUCGACGUUUUGGUAAAUAACGCGGGAUACUCGCUUCUCGGACCACUUUCAGAGUUCACCGAGAAAGAAGUUACUACCCAGAUGCAGACGAAUUUCUUCGGCCCGCUAUAUGCAAUCCAGGCCGUGCUUCCAGGAAUGCGGGCCCGCAAGUCGGGUACCAUCGUCAACAUCAGCAGCAUAGCGGGGCAAGACGCCCUCCCCACCUGCUCCCUAUACGCCGGCAGCAAGUUCGCUCUCGAAGGGCUCAGCGAGUCGCUGUCGCGCGAGGUCGCCGGGUUUGGCAUCGACGUGCUAAUAGUGGAGCCCGGGGCUUUCCGGACGAACUUCCUCAGGGGCUCGGUGGCGAACGAGAAGGGCCUGCCCGAGCACGAGAAGGACACGCCUGUCGGCAAGACGAUGCAGAAGUUCAACCAGCUCCAAGGUGCCCAGAGGGGCGACCCGGAUAAGCUAGCCGAUCGCGUCUUCGAGGUCGUGACGGGCGAAGGGGAGGCUGGCGCGCUGAAGGGCAAGAUCUUGAGAUUGCCGCUCGGGAAGGACUGUCUGGACCGGCUUGAUGCCAAGAUUUCGAGGUUGAAGAGCGACGUGGAAGCGUCUCGGACUGUGGCUGAGAGUACGGAUUUAUAAGGUCUAGGAAAGCGUGCGAGUAUCCAUGUCUUAAGGUACCUAUGGAAAAGGAGAUCUAGAUUCACCGGAUUUCCAUGUCACGAUAAUGAAUGAACUGAGGAGCUCGGGAGGAUGUGGGUAAUACCAGAUAGAUUAGUUACCUAUAAUUCAACGCGUUGUGUCAUU